UAGAACACUAUCAUGUCGUUGUAAACAGAAGUAUUCUAUAUUGUCGGCCAUAUUUAACUGAAAUUCAACAUUAGUAAACAUUCAGUAUUUGAAAAUGAAAAUGUGUGGACUAAUCAAGUGACUUAAGGAUGGAUAAUCGAAUCAAAUUGAUCGUGAUUUUCAUUUACACAGUGUUAUGUGUAAAUGUUGAAGCGGUAUGUCCAGCGGGAAGGGCAGGACAGGCUUGCGACAAAUAUAAUUAUGCUUACAACAAACCAGCCAAUCAGAAGGAAGAUUGGAUGUCACACUCCGCCGUAGACAACAAUGGAACGUCAUGUACGGUGAUGAAUCCGCCAGUCGAGAACCCGUGGUGGUCUGUAGAUUUGAGAAAAGACAUGUUCAUAGAUGGAAUUGAUCUCUUUAUUGGGCAGGAAACUCUUAAUGAAUUGGUAACGUAUGCUAUUGAAGUACAGAAAGAUGGAGAAACAACAUGGAGUAUGUGUCACGCUGAUAGUAAGACCGGAAGUAAUAGAUUCAGUAGCCCCCUCAGAGUUCGGUGUAACUCCCGGAUGAAGGGUAGGACAGUUCGAUUCACGGCGUAUCAUCAAAGCAUCAAUUUGGUGUUCUGUGAUGUGGGAAUUUAUGGGGCUUGUGUUGAUGGUUCAUAUGGCAACUAUUGCGAACAUGAUUGCGGACAUUGUAAACUGAACAGCCCUGUCUGUGACAAAACAACCGGACGGUGCCCGACAGGGUGUGAUACCGGCUGGUACGGGCCGACUUGUGACAAAGUUUGUCCACACGGUAAAUAUGGAGACCAGUUGCCCCGAACUGUGGCAUUGUAA